UUAUUGUUUUACGAGGGAAGUUUUGUCAUUUUACAAAUAAAAUCUAUUUAAACCCGAGUAAGAUCAUAUUGGAUAACAAUAGAUGGCCAUGAUGAAUUCUAUUUCGAAAACCACUGCUGCUACUGUAAAUGAAACAGGACAAUCAAAUAAUUGUAAUCAAGAUUCACAUCAACCGAAUCAUAAUAAUAAUAAUGAUAAUAAAUCACCAAUAAAUAUGAUGAUUGUUACAACUAAAUCAUCAACAUCAACAUCACCAUUACCAUCAUUAAAGAAUAAUAAUCAAAAAAAUAUUCAAACAAAAACAACAAUGUUUGUCUGUUUGAAUCGAUUCUGUUGUUUUCGAAAUCCACCAUGGUGGAAUCGUCGUACACGAUUAGAACGUUUAUUAUGUGCCGUAACAGCCAUUACAUUAAUGAUGUGUAUAGCAAUGUCCAUAUCAUUAGCAAUGGUUCGUUAUCAACGACGACAACCACCACAGCAACAACAACCGCAACAAGAUUCAAGAUUUAACAUUGAACAUGGACAACAUCCAUCGCAAUCAUCAUCAUCAUCAUCGCAUCAUUAUAAUUAUCGAUUAGAAUCACCGACAGCACAACAGCUAGUCAAUCGUGAAAAUGAAAAAGCCAAAUUAUCAUCAGUGAUUGAUUCAUCAUCAUCAUCAUCAUCCGAUUCUGCAUCAUCGAUAUUAUCAUCACCAUCGUCGUCUUCGUCGAUGAAUCGCAUAUUUGAAAAACAAGGUAAAAGUCUAAAAAAUACCAAACUAUUGUCCACAUCAUCAUCGGAUAUAAAAUGGCCAAAAACACCAGCAACCGAUGUAUGUCUUAGCAAAGGUUGUGUACGUGCUGCAUCUGAACUUAUAACCAAUAUGAAUGAAUUGGUUUCACCAUGUGAUGAUUUUUAUCAAUUUGCUUGUGGUGGUUGGAUUAAAAAUCAGGUUAUACCGGAUGAUCGUACAACUGUAUCAGUAUUUUCAUUAUUACAAGAUGAAUUAAAUCAUAAAUUACGAGUAUUGGUCGAAUCAAAAGGAACACCUGAAGAACCAGAAUUUUUCGAUUCAAUGCGUAAUAUGUAUCGUAGUUGUUUGAAUUUAACUGCCAUUGAAAAAGCUGGUGAUACACCAUUACAUUUAGCAUUGAAACGUUUUGGUGGUUGGCCAGUUGUUGUUGGCAGCCAAAAUUGGAAUGAAACAAAUUUUGAUUGGAUCGAUACAUUGAUUAAAUUUCGUGAACUUGGUUUUACACAUGAUAUUCUUAUGGAUUUAUCGGUUACACCAGAUUUUCGUAAUAAUACACGUCAUAUUAUUGAUCUGGAUCAAACAUCAUUAGGAAUGCCUGAUCGUAAUUAUUAUAAUAAUGGUCUAAAUGAUUCAUCUGUUGCUGCUUAUUAUAAAUUGAUGGUUGAUAGUGCUGUAUUUUUGGGUGCAAAUCGUACUGUAGCGGAAAAAGAAAUGCUCGAUGCAUUACAAUUUGAAACAACAUUAGCUGCAUAUUGUUUACCACGUGAAGAACGUCGUAAUAUGAGUUCAUUAUAUAAUAAAAUGAAUAUUCAACAGAUACAAAAAUUAGCACCAAAUAUUCAUUGGGAAAAAUAUUUUAAUUCAUUAUUGGGUAUAAAGAUUACCGAUAAUGAUGAUAUUAUUGUAAAUGUACCGAAAUUUCUGACACAAUUAGAUCAACUGUUACAAACAACUGAUAAAAAGCUUUUGGCUAAUUAUAUGAUGUGGCGUGUAGUGUUACAAUCAUUUUCAAUGUUAGGCAAAAGAUGGCGUGAAUUGAUACAAGAAUUUAACACGGUUGUAACCGGUCAAGCUCGUGAAGAACCUCGUUGGGAACAAUGUAUAUCAUCAUUAACAAAUUCAUUAGGAAUUUCAUUAUCAUCACUUUAUGUACGACAUCAUUUUAAAGGAAAUUCUAAAGAACGUGCAUUAGAAAUGGUUGGUUAUAUUCAUCGUGAAUUUAUGAAAAUUCUGGAUCGUGUUGAAUGGAUGGAUGAUCAAACCCGACAACGUGCACGUGAUAAAGCAUUAGCAAUUCGACCAUAUAUUGGCUAUCCAAAUGAAUUAUUGAAUAAUACUGAAAUUGAAUUAUUUUAUCAAGGGCUCAAAUUUGUAAAAGAUGAUUAUUUUAGCAAUGUACAAACAUUACGUAAAUGGUCAACUGAUUUAGCAUUUGGUUUUCUUCGAAAACUGAAUAAAAAAGGAGACUGGCGUAAACACGGAAAAUCAGCAGUUGUCAAUGCAUAUUAUAAUAUUAUUGAAAAUAGUAUUGAAUUUCCUGCCGGAAUUUUACAGGGUGCAUUCUUUUCCAGUGAUCGACCAAACUAUCUAAAUUUUGGUGCCAUUGGUUUUGUCAUUGGCCAUGAAAUUACACAUGGUUUUGAUGAUAAAGGUCGACAAUUUGACAAAAAUGGUAAUAAUGUAAAUUGGUGGGAACCGGAAACUGAUAAAAAUUUCAAAGAAAGAACCAAAUGUAUUAUUGAACAAUAUGGUAAUUAUACGGUUCCGGAAAAUGGUUUGAAGGUAAAUGGUGUGAAUACACAAGGCGAAAAUAUUGCCGAUAAUGGUGGUAUUAAAGAAGCAUUCCGUGCAUAUCAAGAAUAUGUCAAAGAUAAUGGUGAAGAACCAUCAUUACCUGGUUUAAAAUAUACACCAAAACAAUUAUUUUGGAUAUCUGCUGCCAAUAUUUGGUGUGGAAAAUAUCGACCAGAAGUUUUGAAAUUACGUUUACAAGCUGGUUCACAUAGUCCAGCACAAUUUCGUGUUAUUGGUACUGUAUCGAAUUUAGAAGAAUUUGGUGAAACAUUUGGUUGUCCACCUGGUUCACCAAUGCGUCCAGCAAAAAAAUGUUCCGUUUGGUAAAAAUCAAUUGAAAGAAAGACAAAAAAUAAA